CCGACGUGGGAAGUGCGCGCUGGCGCAUGCGCGAAGGGCGGCGGGCGGGUGGGCUGGCAGCGGUGGACUCGCGUCGGAGCCGCGGGCGGUCAGCAGGAAUUUGACACUGGGGCAUGAAUAUUAAGCUGUUGAGCUCCGGGCUGUGUUAGCAGGAACCUUUGCAGGAAGAGCAAUGGCUGCCGCUGCUGCAGCUUCUCACCUGAACCUGGAUGCCCUCCGGGAAGUGCUGGAAUGCCCCAUCUGCAUGGAGUCCUUCACUGAAGAGCAGCUGCGGCCCAAGCUGCUGCACUGUGGCCAUACUAUCUGCCGCCAGUGUCUGGAGAAGCUCCUGGCCAGUAGCAUCAAUGGCGUCCGCUGUCCCUUUUGCAGCAAGAUUACUCGCAUCACCAGCCUGACCCAGCUGACAGACAACCUGACCGUGCUGAAGAUCAUCGACACAGCUGGCCUCAGUGAGGCCGUAGGGCUGCUCAUGUGCCGAGCUUGUGGCCGGCGGCUGCCUCGACAGUUCUGCAGAAGCUGUGGUUUGGUGCUGUGUGAACCCUGCCGGGAGGCAGAUCACCAACCUCCUGGCCACUGUACACUCCCUGUCAAGGAGGCAGCUGAGGAACGGCGGAGGGACUUCGGGGAGAAGUUGACGCGCCUGAGGGAACUUAUGGGAGAGCUGCAGAGGCGGAAGGUGGCCUUGGAGGGUGUCUCCAGGGACCUUCAGGCAAGAUAUAAGGCUGUUCUUCAAGAGUAUGGCCACGAAGAGCGCAGGGUCCAGGAAGAGCUAGCCCGCUCCCGGAAGUUCUUCACAGGUUCUUUGGCUGAGGUUGAGAAGUCCAACAGUCAAGUGGUAGAGGAACAGAGCUACCUACUCAACAUUGCAGAGGUGCAGGCCGUGUCUCGCUGUGACUACUUUCUAGCCAAGAUCAAGCAGGCUGAUGUAGCACUACUGGAGGAGACAGCAGAUGAGGAGGAGCCAGAGCUCACUGCCAACCUACCCCGGGAGCUUACCCUGCAAGAUGUGGAGCUCCUUAAAGUAGGGCACGUUGGUCCUCUUCAAAUCGGGCAGGCUGUGAAGAAGCCCCGGACAGUUAACAUGGAUGAUUCCUGGGCAGUGGAGGAGGCAGCCGCGUCUGCUGCCUCAGCCUCUGUUACCUUUAGAGAAAUGGACAUGAGCCCCGAGGAAGUGGUUCCCAGCCCCAGGGCUUCACCUGCGAAACAGCGGAGCUCUGAGGCAACCUCCAGUAUCCAGCAGUGUCUCUUUCUCAAGAAGAUGGGGGCUAAAGGCAGCACGCCAGGUAUGUUCAAUCUUCCAGUCAGUCUCUACGUGACCAGUCAGAGUGAGGUGCUGGUUGCUGACCGGGGCAACUAUCGUAUCCAGGUGUUCAACCGCAAAGGCUUUUUGAAGGAGAUCCGCCGCAGCCCCAGCGGCAUUGACAGCUUCGUGCUCAGCUUCCUCGGAGCUGACUUGCCCAAUCUCACUCCUCUUUCAGUAGCCAUGAACUGCCAUGGGCUGAUUGGUGUGACUGACAGCUAUGACAACUCCCUUAAAGUCUAUACCUUGGAUGGCCACUGUGUGGCCUGUCACAGGAGCCAACUGAGCAAACCAUGGGGCAUCACAGCCUUACCAUCUGGCCAGUUUGUGGUUACUGACGUGGAAGGUGGGAAGCUUUGGUGUUUCACUGUGGACCGAGGAGCAGGAGUCGUCAAAUACAGCUGCCUCUGCAGUGCUGUGAGGCCCAAAUUUGUCACCUGUGAUGCUGAAGGCACAGUCUAUUUCACCCAAGGCUUGGGUCUCAAUGUGGAAAACCGACAGAAUGAACACCACCUGGAAGGAGGCUUCUCCAUCGGCUCUGUGGGCCCCGAUGGGCAGCUGGGCCGGCAGAUCAGCCACUUCUUCUCCGAAAAUGAGGAUUUCCGCUGCAUCGCUGGCAUGUGUGUGGAUGCUCGGGGUGACCUCAUUGUGGCUGAUAGCAGCCGCAAGGAAAUUCUCCAUUUUCCCAAGGGUGGAGGCUACAGCGUCCUUAUUCGAGAGGGUCUUACCUGUCCGGUGGGCAUCGCCCUCACACCUAAGGGGCAGCUGCUGGUCUUGGACUGUUGGGAUCACUGCGUCAAGAUCUACAGCUACCAUCUGAGAAGAUACUCCACCCCUUAAAGAUGAGAAACACCAAUUUCUUCUUUCCCCAAAACGAGUUUCCUUCCCUUUCCGUCCCUGGUUGUUGGUGGUACUGUAGAGUAGACGUGGCCCAUGUCCUGAUUCUAGCCAGAUUGCUCUAGAAUUGUAGAAGCUCUAGUUUUCAGUGCUUUUAUGUUAUUCCCCUCUCCCCACUCCCCCUUUCCCUCCCUCCUAAAUUUAGACCUUUAACAGGUACCUUAUCCCAAAUAGGAUAGAUGAUGCUGUUAGCAGAAGUUGCUUAGAAGUUAGACCCUUCCAAGGCUUUAGUAGACAGAGCCACUUCAGCCCUCUGCCCUUUGUGUUUGAACUUUGUAUUGGUAUUGAAUCAUCAUUGAUCUUUCUCCUUUGGACUCUGAUCUCCCUAAUCUACCGUUUCCUUCCUAUUAUAAUGUGUUUCAUUUGUGAUACUUCAACUCUGGCUGCAUUCUGUGUGCAUGCUCCAGUGGGAUCUGCUCCACCCUUCAGUGAUAUUAUAUCUCUGUAGCAUGGUGUCUCUUUUGAUCACCUUUACCAGUGUGAGACUGAAUCAUUAAGUGCCACCAAAGGUGACACACGGCCCCUUUGAGAAGCAGGACCUCUUGGCUGGAGGAUUUCUGUCACCAUGGAUUGUCUUUUUAUUGCAGAUGUGCCAGAAGAUGGUUUGACCCUAGUUAGAUGGUGUUGAAAACUUCAGUCUAGAAAUCGCUUGCCUUAUAAAGGAGUUCAUAGGUUAGAACUAUGCCAUAGCCAAGGCAGAUGGGAACAUACAAGCAGAUGCUGACAUAUCCAGCAAAUUUGGGAUUUUUUUUUCUACGUCUCAAAACAUUUCAUACUCUUUCCACUGACCUGUGCUAAGAGUUACCAGAAGAAUUGUAUAACAUGGGCUUCGACCACCAAAGUGGGAAGGUUGAUGCAUCCAUUUUCAUUACUAAUGAACAAACUAUUGGGUAACACUGUAUUUUCUUCAAGUGAGUGCAUACUGUUUGACUGUUUGAGAUUUAUCUCUGUGCUAGUAAACAUUAAACUAAUUGAUAGCUUUCUUCA